ACGUUAGCCCGUCUCUUAUCUAUAAUCAGAAAUCAAAUCACUGCAAAUUCAAACAGCAUAUCUUCUGCAAUCAAUUGUCACCAGUUAAUUUUGGAUCUUUUUUUUAUAUCAAAAUACGUACAAAAAUUUGCCACCGUUUUCUUUACAAGUUCGUACUCAAAAACGAACUAGUUUCAUUGAGCAACUCUUGCAAAACCAAGAGAAGCUAGUUCAAAUCUCUCCUAGCAAGUUGAAGCCUGGUUUGCGCUCGCCUUACUUUGUGCUACAAAUACUUUCGAAAAUAGGCUCAAGGGUCACCUAUGUGAACACAGAUGAUUGUUUACUAAUUGUAGGUCUAUUUCGCUUUCCCUGGAUAUUUUUCAUUACGUAUAAAUCGAAACAAGAGUUGUCAAAAUAAAAUGAGUACCGAUACACCGACGUAUACGAUCGGUAACAAGAUGACCUGGUCGAGUCGAUUUCGAGCAAUUUUUCAAAUUGUUAAGUCAGAUUAUUUUGUAGAGGAAAACAACUUGUUUUGGAUGUUGACUUGGAUUAGUGUUUGAAACAAAUCACCUAAUGCGAGCCUGCAUUAGGAAGUAAGCGGGGCGAAGAUGGGUAAUCGCGCAUUUUCAAUUCAUGCAAAAUGUAUCAUUGCAUCGAUACGAGAUAUAAUUGGCAGCAAUUAAUCCAUCACUUUAGCAAAUAAUCCUCAAGAUAGUGUAAUUAUUAGGCCACGGUCUAUGAAGAAUGAAAUCAAAUGCGUAAGCUGCAGGGUGUAAACAAGAGAAAAAAUCGGUUUUCGAAAAAACUAUCAUUAUACCUCGUCUGGUUCAGCAACUUAUCAUGCAGAUGUGAACUACCAAAAACGCAAAACUCAGUUAUAGGAUAAACUGAAUUAAUGUAAUUUGAAAUCAGGGCGAAAAAAAUCAUUUUGCGCUUCGAAAUUCGUAUACAGUCCGCCAUUAUCUUGUUACAAAUAACAACAAUGCCGCGAGAGCAUUUGCAGCAUGUGAUUCAUGUUGGACUUUGAAUGCAUUGGUUCGGAAAAGCGGUUUCAAAAUUAGAACCAGUCCUGAAGGCAAAAUGGAAGGGUUUGCGGGACACAUUUCGAGCUGAAUUGAAGAAGGAGCAAGUUUAUCGUAAAAGUAAAUAUCAUAGAAACCGUCCUGUCUGGAUACACUACAAAAGCCUGCAGUUCCUGAAGGAACAAAUGCUCCCCCGUCCUCCGAUAUGGGAAAGGAAUACAAAUCGAGAAAGCGGUGAGGAACACGAUGCGAAUGAAAACGAAAAUUUGCACCCAGGGGAUGGCCAGGAAUCUCUUGCAGAACAGAUGAUGUCUGCGAUCGACGAAAACAGUUCGUUAAAAAUUGAUUCCAUCGGCCACAUAGACGUUAAACAAGAACCAGCGGAUAAUUUUGAGAAUCUUGAAUUCCAAAACGUUUCACAAGAUUUUUCAGAAAAUGAAAUGAUGCUGCAAAAUAUUUCUCCGGAGCAAGUCCUUAUGGGAGCUGGUUCAGAUUCGAACGUACAUUUGAGCAUUGAUCCCCUAGAAGGAGGAAGGUGUGAUGACAAUUAUUAUUUUUUAAUGAGUUUACUUCCGCAUAUUAGAACGUUACCAGCCGAAAAAAGAAUGUGGCUGAGAAUUCAGAUGCAGGAGUUGGUUUAUCGAGAAGUUUAUAAAAAAAAUGAAACGGAGCAGCAAGGAUGCAAUGCAGCAACAGCAAAGAAUUCAUGAAUCAUACUAUAUCAUACACUCUCGAUAAAGUGUAAGACAACUUUGUGACGGACAGUGAGAAUUUUUUUACUUUUUAAAUUAAUAGACUUGCUGUAUAUAUUGCCAUAGUAUUAAGAAAAGAUAAUAUUAUAUUGGAGAUUCAUUAUGAGCAUGUGUAAAAAAGCAUUUGAGAGUUGCUAAUCUCUAGAAGCGUUGUCAUUUUAACCCCCUGUGAUAAACGUCUGUAAACAUAGUAUGUACGUUUUUAUGUCCAAAAUAAACAUUAAGUUGCAUUUUCUAAA